UGCGGCCCUUUUCUAGCACACAACAGUCCUCUCAGAACAACUGACAGAUGAUGCAAGGCUUUCUCAAGGUAUGUAUAUAUUUCACAGUUUUCCCUAUAUUAUUCCCAUCUACUUUCCUGCAAUCACUAUGAUGAACCUUUUUUAUUGGAGCUGUCCUAGCUCUACGCAGUGAGGACAAUCUUUUAAUAUUACGCAACUUUAUACCUGAAAUGAAUUGCCUUGAGAGUCAUUACAUCUUGCAAAGAAUUUGAUUAGUUUGGACUUUGCUGACUGAUACAACGCAGCCAUUUCAAGGAGAUAUUGAAGUCGUAUUCCAUCCUCCCUGACUUUCGACUUGCCGUUAGUUGGAGAAGGAGCAGUAGAGAUCCUUGACCAUACGAAAAAAAAAAGUCAAUCAAUCAUUGUAUUCUGAGCUCGACCUCAGUGCUACAGGGUAGCAAAAAGUCGAACAAGAAGAGAGAAAAAAAAUGGCUUAUGAUCCACGAGUCGCGGGGUCGUCGACUCCUGACGUUCUGACUUCGGCCCCUUCAGAAAGUAUCAGCACCGACUCUAGUCUAGCAAUGGCUACCGAGUCCGAGAAGCAGCAGUCCGUUGACGGACCGGCAUCGGAAUCAUUUAAACUUAAGUUUUGCACUGUGUGUGCAUCGAACAAUAACCGGUCGAUGGAAGGCCAUUUGAAGUUGUCUACCGUGUCGUUCCCUGUCAUCUCGUUCGGAACCGGAUCUCUAGUCCGGCUCCCCGGUCCGACCAUCACCCAGCCGAACGUCUACUCCUUUAACACAACCUCGUACAAUCAAAUGUACGAGGAGCUGCAGAGCAAGGAUGAGAGGCUCUACCGUAACAAUGGCAUCCUCAACAUGCUUGGCCGAAACAGGCAGCUCAAGUGGGGCCCCGAACGGUUUCAGGACUGGGUGCCCGGCUUGCCGCGGCUCGAUCAUGUUGCCAAAGGCGACAAGGGUGCCCUGGGCACGGAAGGCGGUGUUGUCGAUGUCAUCAUUACCUGCGAGGAGCGCUGUUGGGAUGCCGUGGUCGACGAUCUCAUGAAUAAAGGUAGCCCGUUGAAUCGGCCCGUUCAUGUCUUCAACGUCGAUAUCAAGGAUAACCACGAGGAGGCCUCGAUAGGAGGGCGAGCCAUUCUUGAUCUCGCCAUGAGAUUGAAUGAGGCGGCUACGCAAGAGCGUAAGGCGAACGGCUCCGAAGGCUGGGAGAACGGCGCCGGCGAAGCCCGUAGGAGCUUCGAUGAAAAGGUCCCUGAGAUCCUGGCUGCCUGGCAGGAGAAAUGGCCUCACCUACCUGCUUUAUGGACAUUAGCAUGGCUAUAAUAACCUCGC